AGGCCGCGCGGCCGGGCCGGGGAAUCUAGGUGGUAGCUCGCGGAGGCGCCUCCGGAGAGUGACGCGCAGACUCCGCUCCCCCGCGGCCCGCCCUCCUGCCGGCCUCGCCGCGGUCUCCCUCGCUCCCUGAGAUCGCUGAGCGCUGAGCAGCGGCCCGGGGGAGGAGGCCCUGGGCGACGGGGCGCGGAGAGGGAGGGCGGGCGGGCGGGCAGUGGGAGCGCCGCGGAUCUCUAUAUGGCGACGGCUCUGUCGGGUCUGGCUGUCCGGCUGUCGCGCUCGGCCGCCGCUCGCUCCUAUGGGGUCUUCUGCAAGGGGCUGACCCGCACGCUGCUCAUCUUCUUUGACUUGGCUUGGCGGCUGCGCAUCAACUUUCCCUACCUCUACAUCGUUGCUUCCAUGAUGCUCAACGUGCGCCUGCAGGUUCAUAUUGAGAUCCACUGAAGGCCAUCCUUGACUGAUAGGCAUCACCCUGACUCACUGCAUCAGAGGGCACAAAGCAUGAGGGCUGGGAGAGGGACCCUGGGUGUUUGCCUGGCCAGGGUAAAGCAGUCACAAGGAGGUGACCUGGACAAACUAGCAUGUGGCCUUAAGAAAAGAAGUCAGAAGGGGAACCCCAGCCCAUCAGCUGUGCCUUCUUGGACAGACCAGCCUAUGGCAGAUACCUAUGGAAAGUCAUGGGCCACAGCGGCAGCAUCCUCAGAAAUGAAGCGUGCUCAGAGCAAGGCCAGCCUCGUACUUCACAGAGGCUUCACAGUGCUUCACUAUCUGAAGGGGUCAAUGGGGAGAAGUUCAGCUCCUGCAGCCUCCGUAGGAAGGGCUGUGGUUCUGUCCUCUGCUCCUUCAGAAGAACAUCUAUCUGGGGUGUCCCGUGGCAUCGGGGAUACACUAGGAAGUGACUGGCUGGGAAGAGAGCCCAGAGCCACAGACAGCCGUGGACAGUACCUCAAAGGAGAGUCCUGGGUGUCAGGAUGGCCACGCCAUCCAAAACUGAGGGAAAUGGGAUUUCUAAGCGAUGAACCCCUGAGUGCUGUCCCCAAGGGGCUAGGCACCAAGUCAGAACUGUCUUACCAAUACACUGAGCUGUGCCAGCUGCCAUAUGCUUACACCCAUUAUGAAGUUUUCCCAGAAGACAAGACGAGAUGUGUGUCCCUUGACCAUUUAAAUCCCGUGUUUUCAGAGGAAACAGUAGAAGAUGAGAAAACUCUCUCAAGUACUUCAGAUGGUCUGCAGAUAGUCGUGGGGUCACUGGCUCUGCAAUCAUCCAGAUUAGCAAGUCUCUGAUGGCAUAGUCAAGGUACAAGCAGAACAAUAAAAAUAGCAGAUUAAUUUUAAAGGUUGUCUGACAGUUUCUUUUGCAUUAAGUCUGGCGUAUGCUGCAGCCGUUCAAUUCCUGCUGAUUCCUGUGACCAGACACACCUUGCUGGUUGAUGCAGAGACAUGUUUUUGAGCAUGCUUUCAGUCGUUUCGGAAGGAUGCUCAGAACUGGGAAACCUCCUCCCCAGGGGAAAUGAUCUACCCAGUAUAAGAUGGGACAGGAACUAUUUAGCACAGAGUUCUGUAUCAUGGAGACCCAUUCUCAAGGGCUAGCAUCCAGAUGCCGCCUGCCUCAGCUCACCUCUGGCCAUCUAAUGGAAGUGGAGGUCUGUAGGCUGUGCCCUCCACUUCUUGUAAGCCUUGCUUUGGUCACGAAGAGUCUUACAUUUCUGCAUUGUACAGACUCUGUGACCUGCGACCUGAUGUCCCUUCUCACAUGCCCCUCUCCUUCUGCCUGAGUUGCAGUUUUUAAUGGAGGCACUUUGGAGACGUUGCAAUAUUAAAUUUAGGAUAACUUUAAAUUACAGGAGAGUUUAAGACUUUUCUGCCGACAGAACAUAGAUCGCAAAUGAAGUAUUUUCCUUUACCCCGAUCCAGGACUUAUAAUCUCUUUUUUCCCCCCUGAAGUAACUCUCUCUUUGUGGUUUGUUGAUAACUUUAAUAAAGGUCAUUUAAAGAGCGGACAUUUUAAAGCCUCCUACCCAAGACAGAGUUAAAAACAGCCACGGGGGAUGGGGGGAACCUGACUGUAGAUGUCAUUUAUAUUGUGUCCUAAAUUACUAUGCCACGGGCUAUUUUAGGGUUUUGGGAAAAUAAUAAAAUCUGUUCUUUAGCAUAAUAAAUAUGUUUUAUUUUGU